GCCACACGAGCCCCCCUUCCAAGGAAGGAAACGCUGGGACGUGCGGGUGGAUCAGCGGGUUGCGGCCUCACCCGCCCUGCGGGGCCUUUUCUCCUGCCUACCCGUCCUGCCAGGGCUGGUGGCAGUCUCUACGGGCUGGCCCUCUGUGUGCAGGUGGCUGGCUCUGAGCUGUCCGAGUGGACUGUGGGCACCUGCGGUCAUUACGGAGGAGUGCAGCCUGGUCGCAGAGGCCGCCUUGUUGCUCUGUUGUUCUGUCUCAGGACUCUGUAAACCCAAGGUCACUAGAGGUCGUGUGCCCAGCUCCGUGUGCAGGCCAGCGCCCAGUGCCCUUGCCCCACGUCGCUGGUGCCCGCCUGGUGUUUGACUGUCCCCAGCGGGGACCUGCAGGACAGUGGAAGCUGAGUUCUGGCACGGGGACUCACUCGGCCCUGGGUGAGCGAGCUCGUCCUGAAGAAUCGAAGCCACUGCUGCUGCUGCUGCUGCUGCUGCUGCUGCUGCGUGUCCCUGGCGGGAAGACGACGCCAUGGCCCAGAGGGGAGCGUCCCGGGGCCGCCAGCGCUGGCUCUGCCUGCUGCCCUGGGGAUGCCGGGGGGCCUCGAAGCGCCCACUUUCAGAUGAAAUCAUGCACCAGGACAUCACCCCGCUCUGCGCCGCCGACAUCCAGGACCAGCUGAGGAAGCGCUUUGCCUAUCUGUCCGGCGGGCGGGGGCAGGACGGCAGCCCCGUCAUCACCUUCCCGGACUACCCGGCCUUCAGCGACGUCCCAGACAAGGAGUUCCAGAAUGUCAUGACCUAUCUCACCAGCAUCCCCAGCUUACAAGAUGCUGGCAUUGGGUUCAUCCUGGUCAUAGACCGAAGGCAGGACAAAUGGACCUCGGUGAAGGCAUCAGUCCUGCGAAUAGCAGCGUCCUUCCCAGCAAACCUCCAGCGCGUCCUUGUCCUGCGCCCAACGGGAUUUUUCCAGAGGACCCUCUCUGACCUCGCUUUCAGAUUCAACAGAGAUGACUUUAAGAUGAAGGUACCGGUCACAAUGCUGAGCUCAGUACCAGAAUUGCACGAUUACAUUGACAAGUCCCAGCUGACGGAGGACCUGGGCGGGACCCUGGAUUACUGCCACACCAAGUGGUUGUGUCACCGCACAGCGAUUGAGAGUUUUGCUGUCAUGGUGAAGCAGACGGCUCAGAUGCUGCAGUCCUUCGGGACGGAGCUGGCCGAGACGGAACUGCCCAACGACGUCCCAUCCACAAGCUCUGUGCUCAUCGCACACACGGAGAAGAAGCACAAAGCAAAGGAGAACAUGAGGCUGGCGCUGGACGAGGGGCGGAGCAUCCUGGAGAGCAUCAGGGAGCCUCUGGCCAGGAGCACGGAGCAGAGCCCGAACCAGGACCAGUUGGACAAUCAGACCACCGUGCAGAGGCUCCUGGCCCAGCUGAAUGAAACCGAGGCCGCCUUUGAUGAGUUUUGGGCAAAGCAUCAGCAAAAACUCGAACAGUGUCUGCAGCUCCGGCAUUUUGAGCAGGAUUUCCGAGAGGUCAAAGCCGCCUUGGACACGUUGGCCCAGAAGAUAGUGACCUUCACCGACGUGGGGAACAGCCUGGCGCACGUGGAGCACCUCCUGAAGGAUCUCACGAGCUUCGAGGAGAAGUCCAGUGCGGCCGUGGAGCGGGCCCGCGCCUUGUCCCUGGAGGGUGAGCAGCUCAUCGGCAACAAGCACUAUGCGGUGGACUCCAUCCGACCCAAGUGCCACGAGCUGCAGCACCUCUGCGACCAGUUUGCCGCCGAGGUCGGGCGGAGGAGGGGGCUGCUCGGCAAGUCGCUGGAGCUGCACAGCCUCCUGGAGGCGUCCAUGAAGUGGUGCGAUGAAGGCAUCUACCUGCUGGCCUCCCAGCCUGUGGACAAGUGCCAGUCCCAGGACGGCGCAGAGGCAGCCCUCCAGGAGAUCGAGAAGUUUCUGGAGACCGGCGCAGAAAAUAAGAUCCAGGAGCUCAAUAAAAUUUACCAGGACUACGAACUCAUCCUCACCCAAGACCUGAGGGAACACGUGCAGAAGGUCUUCCAGAAGCAAGAGAGCAUGGAAGAGAUGUUCCACCGGAGGCAGGCGAGCCUGAAGAAGCUGGCAGCCAAGCAGACGCGGCCCGUGCAGCCAGUGGCCCCCCGGCCCGAGGCGCUCGCCAAGUCACCCUGCGCCUCCCCAGGUAUCCGGAGAGGUUCUGAGAACAGCAGUUGCGAGGGCAGCGCGCGGAGAGGGCCCUACAGGAGGGCCAAGAGUGAAAUGAGUGAGGGCCGGCAGGGCCGAGGCAGCUCCACGGGGGACGAGGAGGAGAGCCUGGCCAUCCUGCGGAGGCACGUCAUGAACGAGCUCCUUGACACGGAACGGGUCUACGUGGAGGAGCUGCUGUGCGUCCUGGAGGGCUACGCUGCCGAGAUGGACAACCCGUUAAUGACACAUCUCAUCUCAACAGGCCUUCAAAACAAGAAGGAUGUUCUAUUUGGAAACAUGGAAGAAAUUUACCACUUUCAUAACAGAAUAUUCCUGAGGGAGCUAGAAAACUACAUAGACUGCCCAGAGCUGGUCGGAAGGUGUUUUCUAGAAAGGAUGGAGGAGUUCCAAAUCUACGAGAAGUACUGUCAGAACAAGCCGCGUUCCGAGAGCGUGUGGAGGCAGUGCGCCGACUGCCCCUUCUUCCAGGAAUGCCAGAAGAAGCUGGACCACAAGCUGAGCCUGGACUCCUACCUGCUGAAGCCAGUCCAGAGGAUCACCAAGUACCAGCUGCUGCUCAAGGAAAUGCUGAAAUACAGCAAGAGCUGUGAGGGGGCCGAGGACCUGCAGGAGGCGCUGAGCUCCAUCCUGGGCAUCCUCAAGGCCGUGAACGACUCCAUGCACCUCAUCGCCAUCACGGGCUAUGACGGGAAUCUGAGCGACCUGGGGAAGCUGCUCAUGCAGGGCUCCUUCAGCGUCUGGACGGACCACAAGAAGGGCCACAGCAAGGUGAAGGACCUGGCCAGGUUCAAGCCCAUGCAGCGGCACCUGUUCCUGCACGAGAAGGCGGUGCUCUUCUGCAAGAAGAGAGAGGAGAACGGGGAGGGCUACGAGAAAGCGCCUUCCUACAGCUACAAGCAGUCCCUGAACAUGGCGGCGGUUGGCAUAACGGAGAACGUGAAGGGCGACGUGAGGAAGUUUGAGAUCUGGUACAACGCCCGGGAGGAGGUUUACAUCAUACAGGCACCAACUCCCGAAAUCAAAGCGGCGUGGGUGAGCGAAAUCCGGAAGCUGCUGACCAGCCAGCUGCAGGCCUUCAGAGAAGCCAGCCAGCACCGCGUACUGGAGCAGUCCCAGAGCCUGCCUCUGCCUGCAACGGCCAGCGCAAGUCCCUCGAAAGGGAACACAAGAAACGUCAAAAAGCUGGAAGAAAGGAAGACCGACCCCCUCAGCCUGGAAGGAUACGUGAGCUCAACAUCGCUGCCAAAGGCCCCCGAGAAGGGCAGAGAUGACACGGUCACUAACUCUACCUCAGAAAGCUCUGCACUUUCCAAAAAGCGCUUUACCCUGCAGGGUUUUGCUAACCUCAAAGGUCAGAAAGCUUCUCCCACCAGUCCUGAAAAAAAAGCUAAACGGCACGAAGUAAAGAGCGAUCCCACGCCUUUUGGUUUACGAGGUUGGAGCAAAACGUCUCAGCCCUCCGAGGCCCCUGAGGACAACGACGGCUGGUCGAGUGCUGAGGAGCCCCUUAAUUCCUCGGACGCAGAGGAAGAAGGCGGAGUGGGCCCCAGGAAGCUGGUCCCGGGGAGGUUCACAGUUGUGGCGGAUGACGAGAAGGGCAGUCCUGACACGCUGGUCAUGAGGAGCGGGGACCUGGUGGAGGUGGUCCAGGAGGGCGAGGACUGCCUCUGGUAUGUCAGGAACCUGACCUCCAGCAAGGAGGGCUGGGUGCCGGCCGGCAGCCUGUCCGCGCGCCUCGGCAAGUCCAGCUCAGCUCAGUGCUUGAGCAGCUCAGAGUCCAGCGCAGGGUCCACCCUGCUGAGCAGCUCCUCCAGCUGCAGCGAGAGCUGCGGGGUCCCCCUCUCAGACCUGCAGGGGUAGCGCCGCCGGCCGGCGCAGGACACCGCCUGCGAACCUCUAAGUUUUCCUUUGCUUGGGCUUGCUUAGUUUGGUGAGGGGCGGUGCUCUAAGACGCCCUGGAAAGGAGGACCCUGCCAAGACCCCAGCGAGGAGCCACCCGCUGCCACGGGACCUCUCGGAGCAGGACAUGGGCGUUCAGAGGGAAGGUUCAGGAAGACUCUGCCCUCCAGCCCCCACGCCAGGACCCCAUCCCACGGCGCAGAAGCCAGUUUCCAGAGGAAGACCCGUCCACCGAGCUUCCUGGGAAAGUCUGGAAUGGAUGGGGGAGCCGCGGGCCAACAGACCACCAGUGCAGAAGACGCGAGGCAGGGACAUCCGACCGGCCUCUGCCAGGCGGCAGGGGAGCCUGUCCCAGCCACGCUGCUUUGUUUCCGGCGUCUCUGGUCUGGUGCUUUCUGCAGGGAUGCGUGUCCUUUGGGACUGCUCCCAAAAGCAAUGACCAUUUCACUGACCCAGCAGCUGGAGGAGAGAGGGGUGGGGGCUAUUGUGUCUUUUACGAGUUUCUUUUUAAAGCAGGGAUUAAUCCCACGGCCAUUUUUCGUGGUACGUUGGUCUCUAAUCUUUACCAAGAAUCACUGUGUUUACAUGAAAUGACAAUUUGAUACUGUAUUUGAUAUAAAACUAUUUUUUUGUUACUGGG